UCUGAUUCAUUUACGGCAGUUUCUGAAGUGCAUAUAAACAAGCGUCUCUUCCCGAUUUUCUGCUCCUGAAGUUUCUAAAUACCGCACAGCGAGUGACAAUGCUGCUCCAAAAAAGAGCCGCCAUUGCUCUUGGCCUUCGCAUGUGCUCCACCCAUGUGACCAAAGGACCUUUGAUUGACACAGCGAGGCCGAACGCGGAUAUGGCUGAAUUCCGCAAGGUCUUUUCCAAAGCCAAGCACAUCGCAAUCAUCACAGGAGCCGGCGUCAGCGCAGAGAGUGGAGUCCCAACUUUCAGGGGCGAGCACGAGAAGUGGAGGAAGUGGAUGUCUCAGGACCUUGCCACUCCAGAGGCGUUCUCCCGCACCCCGUCUCGCGUCUGGGAGUUCUACCACUACAGACGGGAGCUGGUGUUGAACAAGAAGCCGAGCGUCGCUCACCUGGCCAUAGCGGAGUGUGAGGCCCGGCUCAAGAAGCAGGGGCGCUCCGUCGUGGUCAUCACUCAGUGCAUCGACGACCUGCACCGACAGGCCGGGUCCAAACAUGUGCUGAAAAUCCACGGCAGCCUGCUGGAGACCCGCUGCAUGACCUGUGGGGAAGUCACCGUGAACAAGCGGAGCCCCAUAUGCUCCGCUUUAAAGGACAAAGGGGCGCCUGGCCCAGAUGUCCCCGACGCAGUGAUCCCUGUGGAUAAACUGCCAAGGUGUGAUGAAAGUGACUGCCACGGCCUGCUGAGGCCCAACGUGGUGUUUUUCGGAGAGACUCUGGACUCGCACAUCCUGACCAAAGUGGAGAAAGAAAUGGAAACCUGUGAUCUCUGCCUGGUGGUGGGCAUGUCUUCCAUUGUUUACCCAGCAGCCAUGUUUGGCCCCCGGAUUGCAUCCAGAGGCGUUCCAGUGGCGGAGUUCAAUACGAACGUCACACCAAAAACAGAAUAUUUCACGUACCACUUCCAGGGCCGCUGUGGAAUCACGCUGCCUCAGGCUCUGGCGCCGCACGAGUCCGAGGUGUUCUAAGAGCCGUCAGACGGACUCUACUGGUCUGUGUCCUCCUCUAAAGUCUAAUGCAGUCCAACAUUAUGGGAUGUCGUAACAGGGUUUCUAAAUCUUCUUCCAAUUGCUUCGCUUCCAAUAGCUGGUGGUUCUGGUAGCUGGACAUUUUUGUAUAUAAUCGUGUGUUCAUGCAGCCGGGAUCUGGGAAAGGUUCGACUUUGGGAAAUGUUUUGAGAAGCAGCCAACAAGAUAAAUUGAUGUAAAUAAACUGAUAAAUGCACACAAUAUGAAAUGGUGUCUGUAAAGUCAAUAUUAUGAAUAGAAUUCACUUUUACACGUUUGAAAAUCACCGUUUUGUUUUUGUAGCUAGCUGAUCAUUUUUCCUGAUUUUCACUUUGGGGAAAAAGUUGGAUUGUAACAAAGUGCAUCAUUCAGAAAUAUCUUCCUGCAGAUGCACAACAUGCUUGAUUCCAAAGUUGACGUCUUUCCUGACUCGCAAGUCUGAACUUUCCCACUUCCCGCGUUCCUCAUGAACGCAGCCUAAUUUAGCGGUUUGCCGUUUUUGAGAUGGAUCUUUGAUACUUGAAUAACAUGAACUGGAAUGGAAACGGAUUAGGAUUUUGUGUAUUGUUUGUCUAAAUUAACCUGUAACUAUGCAGCUCAGUGAGAGAACGGGAUUGCAUUGUGUAUGUCGCAGGUGCAGACUUCCCCACAGCUGUCAGAGUAUCCCUUCAUAGAAGAUGCUGUUAUUUAGCCUGUAAUACUUUGGAGAUGAUCUACAACAUGCGGUGCCAAUGGAGAAUCUUCCUCUUCUCUCUUUUUUGUAACCAAAUCAUCUUGUGUGCAGACUGUAACACAACCGUGUGCCUUUCCAAACUGUUUACAUAACCAUGACCAAAAGCUUGGAUUAAACCUCAAGUGCGAAUCAAACAAUGUUACAGAGAUUUAGUCAAGUAAACAAAGUUUACUGUCGACCAAGGGCAGAGGGAACAUGCUGUAAACUCCCGGAUCAUCCUCUUUUCCCAUGUUUAUUUACUUCCGUGUUGUUACAAGUUGUUUGGUAAUUUUUGGUAUGUUACAAUGUAUGUUUUCAGAAAAAAAAAAUCUUUCGAGAUUACAGCUGUCAAAACAUUCUUCUAAAAAAAAUGCAAAUUAUGAAUGGCUUAUUCGUCAUAAGCAUUACGCACAAUCUCUUCUAAUGUAAACUUCCUGUUCAUUUGUACAAUCUUGAUUAUUAAAAUACUAAGAUAAA